AUGCUGACGUUUGGAGAGGAUCAAGGAAGAUGGAAGAGCAGGGAGGAGGAGGAGGAGACGCAAGGCAAGCAUACCAGCAAGACUGCGAGUGUAAGGAGGAACAACAGGAUGAACAGCGUGCGAGGGCAACUCUACCGUCUGUUCAAACCUGAGCCAGGCAUUUCGAACCCUCUAAUGUCAAAGAUAGAAAGGAACCCGCUGAAAUCGAACCGCCUGGUGCUGAGCAAGAUGAAGAAGAGGAGUAAUUCCUUGCGCCGAUCGCUGACGCCGGAGGAUGCUGAGGAGCCUCUGCUCGGGGAGCAGAUCAGCGACUGGCACCUUCGCCAGUUCGAGCUAUGCUUACACACCUGCGAGUUCCGCUAUCGCACGAAAGCACGGGAUCUUGCAGACGACGAGAGCAGGUUUGCUCCGGGGAUGAAGAGCAUCGGAUUCAUCCAGGCAGAGACGGAGAUUAUCAAAGGGCCCACUAUCUCUACUGUUGACAUGGACCCCAAGACAGGGCAAAGGCUCAUUCUUUAUACCAUCACUGUUCAGUUCUCUUUUGAGGACAAGGUCUCGACGUCUGUUGGACGGUCGUGGGUAACGUAUCCUGUAGUGAUGGGACACGAUGACCAUGUUGAGAGGGAUCGAUGGUAUGACGCGAUCUCAAGGCUGAUCGAGGAGAAACGGUCGAUGCAGCUUGCAUGGAAGCUCCACCUUGCCCAGAAGAGCAAGGAGAGUGAUUCAAAGCACAUGAUAUGGGAGCAGCAGAAGCAGGGAAAGUUUGCUCUGGUCAUCAACCAGAAGCAGCACAAAAACUCGCGCCUUCGCAAUGGAAAAGUCUUUCAGGACAUCCCCGUCGUCUUUAAGAAAUACGCCUUCCACCAUCACGACUGGAAGACGGCGCACGGGGUAAUGAGGAUAGAGGACGUGACAAGAGCCUUGCAGGAUCUUGGUCUGAACCCUCCUGACUGGCACGCUACUCGCAUGCUCGAAGACUUGAUCAGAACUCCCCAGCGCUCGGAUUUCCCCAGGCUGCUCGAUCUGGACGGGUUUGAGAUCAUUUUCAAGUCGGCAUAUGACGAGCUGAUAACUUCACCUUCCGACGAGAUGAUGGAGAAGCUGAUGGAAAUCAUGAACCGGAGCAACAAUCCUUUCCUGCAGCUGCUAUCCAAGGCCGAGAAAGAGAACCUGGUCGAAGGCAAGGACGCCGACGGAAGGAACGUCUGUGUAUGCAGGAAGUAUCUCAAGGGGACAGUCAUUGUCAACCAGGGCGAUGAAGGUCAUUCAAUGUUCAUCAUCAUCGAGGGCCAGCUCAGUGUCGUCGUCACGUUUGGGAAAGGACCUGACGCCAUGCAGAAGGAAGUCGCAAAGCUUCCAGAGGGAGCAGUGAUGGGCGAGAUGUCUCUGGUGCUCGGCAAGCCCAGAAGCGCAACCUGUGUGGUGGCCUCAGACAAGGCGCUGCUGGCAGAGGUGACGAGGUCGGCAGUGGUCAAACUCCUCGAGUCUCGACCCUCCCUAUCGAGAGAGCUGCAGGACAUGGUGAUCAGGAGGGAUACGGCCAACAUCCUCGCUGCAGGGUCUGCUACAGCCAUGGCGGCAUAUCGUUCUGUGCUCGCCCGCUCAGGAAAUCGGGUGGACAACGAGCCGUCGAAGGAGACGCGCGGGGAUCAGCCGCGUCUGUUCAAGUCCGAGUGUCUCGUCAAGAGGUUGCAGACUCGCAGCACGCGAGUUCAGAAAACUUUGCAAUCCAGGCCAGCCACGGCACUUUCUCAGAUGACUACCAAAACGAGCGUGACAGCAGAUUUUCCGGAGUCUUCCUGGGAUCAUGAUGAGCUUGCACCUCAAGUAAAACAGCGAUCAGGCCGUUGGAUCAAGUGCAAGGAUGGGUACAUGCUUGCCUUCGACAAGGGGCUGAACUCUGUUACGUCAUGA